AUGGAAGACGAAGUCGCUGCUCUUGUCAUUGACAAUGGUUCCGGUAUGUGCAAGGCUGGUUUCGCUGGAGAUGAUGCGCCACGAGCUGUUUUCCCAUCCAUUGUGGGUCGCCCCCGUCAUCAAGGUGUGAUGGUCGGUAUGGGUCAGAAAGAUUCAUACGUAGGCGAUGAAGCUCAAUCCAAGCGAGGUAUCUUGACACUUAAAUAUCCAAUUGAACAUGGUAUCGUAACGAAUUGGGAUGAUAUGGAAAAAAUCUGGCAUCACACUUUCUACAACGAGCUUCGUGUCGCCCCCGAGGAACACCCCGUGCUUUUGACUGAGGCACCGCUUAAUCCUAAAUCGAACCGUGAAAAGAUGACGCAGAUUAUGUUUGAAACUUUCAACGCGCCUGCUUUCUAUGUUGCUAUCCAAGCCGUUCUUUCAUUAUAUGCAUCUGGUCGUACAACCGGUAUUGUCCUUGACUCCGGUGAUGGUGUCACUCACACUGUACCCAUCUACGAAGGAUACGCCCUUCCACACGCCAUUCUCCGUCUCGAUUUGGCCGGUCGUGAUUUAACCAAUUAUCUCAUGAUCAUUCUCAUGGAACGUGGUUACUCAUUCUCCACCACUGCCGAACGUGAAAUUGUCCGUGACAUCAAGGAAAAACUCUGCUACGUAGCUUUGGACUUUGAACAAGAAAUGCAGACUGCUGCUCAAUCAUCAGCAUUGGAAAAAUCAUACGAAUUGCCCGACGGUCAAGUUAUUACAAUUGGAAAUGAACGUUUCCGUGCUCCCGAAGCCCUCUUCCAACCUUCUUUCUUGGGUCUUGAAGCUUCGGGUAUUCACGAAACCACUUACAACUCUAUUAUGAAAUGCGAUGUAGAUAUACGUAAAGAUCUUUAUGGAAACAUCGUUCUUUCUGGAGGUACCACCAUGUAUAACGGAAUUGCAGACAGAAUGCAAAAGGAAAUCACAGCAUUAGCACCCUCUAGCAUGAAGAUUAAGAUUGUUGCACCUCCAGAACGUAAAUACUCCGUCUGGAUCGGUGGAUCCAUUUUGGCUUCGCUUUCUACCUUCCAACAAAUGUGGAUCAGCAAACAAGAAUACGAUGAAUCUGGUCCUUCUAUUGUUCAUCGCAAAUGCUUCUAG